UGAGCAGCAUGGUACAUGCACACGGGGCCUGGCACCGCCACGGCCAGGUACAAGUACCCCGAGGGGAGGGCUGGCAGGGCCCAAGGGGAGGCCCCAGGGGCUCACGUGGCUGCUCUUACAGAUCGGAAGUUAAGCGACGUGCGGAUCAGGUUUGUGGAGCGCGUGAGCAAGGCAGUGAUCAGCAAUCUCCUGGACGACCUGCUGGAGAGACGGGUGCUGAACGAGGAGGAAGUGGAGGAGGUGAGGGAGAGCUACAGUAAGAAGAGUGACCAAGCCAGGUGCCUGAUUGAUGGGGUGAGGAAAAAGGGUGCCAGAGCCAGCGAAAUAUUCAUCGAGCGCCUCUGCGUCAGAGAUGUCCACCUGGCCACAGAGCUGGGGCUCGGAGCCCCCUCAGGGACUGCUGCAGAAACCCAGCCAGCGCCAUCUCAGGAAUGGAUCCAGCCCUGCCCCCGGGAAUUCGUCCAGCGGAUCCAGAAGGAGGAAGCAAAGGAGAUCUAUUCCAUCCUGGACAAGGCGACGCGAACCCGCCUGGCCCUCAUCAUCUGUAAUGUUGAGUUUGAGCAUCUCCGCAGGAGGGACGGGGCUGACGUGGACAUGAAUGGGAUGAAGAGGCUUCUAGAAGGGCUGGGAUACAAGGUGGAAAUUCACUGCAACUUGAAUGCCCAGGCCAUGGUGGAGACUCUGAAGCAGUUCGCUGCUCGGAAUGAGCACCGGACCUCGGAUAGCACCUUCCUCGUGCUCAUGUCUCAUGGCGUCAGGGCUGGCCUGUGCGGGACAAAGAGCCAAGGCGAGUCCACAGACAUCCUUCCCAUUGACACCAUCUACAGCACCUUCAACAACAAGAAUUGCCAGACACUGCUGGGAAAACCCAAAGUGAUCAUCAUUCAGGCCUGCCGUGGGGAGAACCGCGGACAGGUGUUGGUGAGUGACUCUGCAGAGCUCCCUGGAGACGGCUCCAGCCUCGCUCCGCUGCCCCCUGAAGAGUUAGAAGAUGAUGCAAGUCACCAAAUCCACGUGGAGAGCGAUUUCAUCGGUUUCCACGCUACAACGCCAGACACUUUGUCCUGGAGAUGUCCAAAAACUGGGUCCGUCUUCAUCACCCGUCUGAUAGAGCAGCUUCGAACCAAUGCCUGCCGCUUCCCCUUGGAGGAGAUCUUCCGAAAGGUCCAGCUCUCCUUUCAAAAUUUUCCUCGUCAGAUGCCCACCAAGGAAAGAACCACCAUGAUAAAAAAGUUCUAUCUGUUCCCAGGCCAUUAGAACCAGCACCACAAUAAGACAGCGCAUGUCCCAUGGGGGCCCUGCCGCAGUCAGCGUCUGCACAUUCAACAUUGGCACAAAGCUCAAGGGCUCUCUUCCUGCUGCCUGCACACUUUCCACCUGUGGCUUUCCUCUGAACUGCCAGAAGUGCCUUCAGCUUCUCACCAGCCUUCCCCUGCGGAAGUGCCUCCUCUUUGUGACAGGACAACGGUAGCAUCAGCCUGGAGCUCCUGCUGCCACAUCUCUAGCAAAUGGCUCUUCCUAGCGAGAGACAGCAGCACCCCCCAGCUAUCUAGAUCCUACAGCACUGACAUCCCCGUGGCCCCGUCCCUGAGAUCCAGUUCACACUCUGAUCAUUCCCUCCGGUUGCCAGACUUUGAGUCCCCGGACAGUCAGACAAGUGAGUCUCAGCCACAUCCUUCUUGGUAAACAGCUGGAGUCUCCCAUUAGGGAUAUCAACAGCAGGGGCGUCUUCACUGUGGUCAGCCCAGGCUCCUGUCCCCUUCCCUCCGCAUACAAAACCCUCUCACCUGAGCUUUCCACCUGGGCUAGCUGCCCCAGCUGAGGGUGGCUUCGAGCGUGGUGCUGCUUUCACUGGGACUGGGAGCCUGCCCACUUGGCCAUGAGGAUGCAGCUAAAUCACUCGAGUGCUGACGGUGCACCUCUGCCUUCCCACAGUCCCCUCAGGUGCCCAGGACAGGCGUUUUCCCACAAACGCGCUGGGAAAGAGUCAUGCAGCGGCUCACCUUACAGCAGCACAAAGAACCACGGGCUUUGCCCCAAACGCACUAGCGACCCACAGUGCGGACGCAGUAACUCGGGAGGGGCUUUGCAGUGUGGCUGCUCACAGCCAGGUUAGACUAACCCAGUGCUCACACCUGGGUGCUGAUCACCCGGGUUAACUCUGCACUUAUGGGCAUACCCUAGGAAAGCUCAUGUGCUGAACUCUGGGGGGGACAUGGAGUGUGGCAGCAGCCGUCUCCUCCCGCUAUCAGCAAUUCCCAGACCCCCUGGAAUGGAAGGGGCCUGUGUCCGUUCCCCUUAGCGAGGCCGGGUUAACUGAGCUCACUCCAAGUCAUCCCCACUAGAUGGCAGCCAGGCUGAGCCUUGAAUAGCUGCCGCGGUGAUUUCCCAACCUCACUGAGCUGUUCGCUGCCUUGUUCUCGUUCUCUGUAAUUACAGGGCCACAUUCUGCCCAUUGUCAACUCCAGACUUCAGAGUGCCAAGGCUGCAAGUGGCCCAUGACAUUUGGGUUAGUGCUUAACCCACAUUUCUCUGUUAAAACCUCAGCCCAUUACUUCUAUCCUUGGCCCCAGCUAAGAGCUGAUCCCUCUCCCCUUUUCCUCCUUAGUGAUGAGCGAGAGACACUCGUCUACACCACUGCAAGGCAAGAACGUCAGGAAGGGAGCAGGGUUCCUUGGCAUGAUACAUGGGGGGUAGAACUAGGAGUAAUGGGGUGAAGUGAUGAAAGGAGAAUUUAGCUUUGUUGCUUUCUGGGCUACUCCUAUGGCUGGGACGAGGAAGCAAGUGACUCCUCGGACCAGAGAUGUCCUUGCCCUUCUCUGCGGUUGCGCUGCUUCUGGGCACACUCUCUCUGGUUUCCCUGUCUCGUUGCCUGUGGUUACUUUUAUAGCUGGUUUUACUGUGUUCUUGAAAAGCGAUGAGUGUAGGGACGGAAGCGGCAGUUUGUGGGGUUUUAGAGACAUCAGAACUCAUCUCGGGGCCAUUUUAAAAAAUACUUUUCUGUGCUUGUGAGCACCUGUUCCCAGGGAUUGUUUCUGGCCAUUUCCAGAGAUACCGAGAACCAGCAGUUCCCUUUAGCUCCAGUUCAAUUUCAUACAUUCCAAGGAAAAAAGGGACCAUUGUGACCUUGUAUUGUGACCUCCUGUAGAGCACAGGCCAGAGACCUGCCCAAACAUAAUUCCUAGAGCAGAGCUUUGAGAAAAGCAUCCCACCUUGGCUGAGAAAUCCCCAGCGAUGAACAAUCCACCAGGACUCUUGGUAAAACGUUCCAAGUUCAGCUGUGGGUGCUCAGCCCUCCUAGAAAUCAAGCCCUUGGUGCCUCCCAAACCGGUCUGAUUGUACUCCCAAAGCAGAGCUAGGAGGACCUGGGGCUCCAUGCGGAGUAUUUCUCCCUGAAACGCCAGCCCCUAAGGGCCCAUGAAGUGGUGCAAGGACAUCAGCCAGUGCAGUGCAGGCUCCAGCGCAGCCCCCGCUUGGUGCUAUGGCAUUAGAAGCCCUAACCUGGCAGCUAAAUCCCCAGCUGUCUUAACCCACUUCUGCUGCAACACCUAGAGAGUCAUCACAGUCCCUCUUUCCUGCCAUCGAGGGGCUGCAAGGAACACUCGAUAUUCUCUAGUCACACUCAGUUCAGUGCCUGCAAGGCCAACGGCUACAGCAUAGGACUAAGGUGGCAGAAAAAAAGGGAAGAGCUGGGGAAGGGAGCGACUGUGUCUGAACCUGAGGACCCAGGUAUAAUAGCGUCUGCAGGUGUCUCGCCCACAGAAUUCCUUUGUACCUUGAAAAUGGGCCUUUCACAACGUUCUGCCUAGGGCCCAACAUUCAUGCACUGGCUUUGCCUUUGGCUUUGCGAGCGGAAGGGGAAGUGCCUUUUAUUCCUUAUGCUUUGUGUCUGCAUCGUCUGACCCUCCCUUCAGAUACCGUUAGUCUCACGAUCACUGGGCUGUUUCUCAAAACCCCAACCCUAGGGUCAGGUGAGUAUGUGAGGAUCUCAGGUUCCAUUUGAAAAUGAGAUGGAUGUUUCUAGCGUUCCUGGGUGCAAAGGAAAUCUCAAUGUGACCCCCCAAAAGCUCAACCCCCAGGAGACCAGUGAACAGAACCCCAGUAUAUUGCAACCAGUCUCAGGAAUUUGGGGUGCUUGAUGCAGGACUUUUGAACGCUGGGCAUUGGACAAUACCAGGAAUAAUUUUAGGGUUCCCACAAACCUCUCCACCUUUGUCUGCACCCUGAUUACUGUAUUUCAGUGGGUCAGGCUCAUUCUGUGGAAAGGAACAAUUCCAGUUUCAUGAUGGCCCAUGGUCUAAGUUUAGGACUCCACACUGCUCAAUCCACAGCAGAAUCCCACUCAUUAGGAAGGGUUGGUUCAGAACCCUGUCACAUUCAGCAUCACUCACUAGGAAACAGGCUCACUCUCAAGACCACCAUCAUCUUUAACCUUUCUCCGCUCUGCAUUUCUUUCCCUGGAGCAACUCCUGUCCCCUACCCCCUCUAACAAUCCCAGCUUCUGGAAGUUGUUGGUUUAAGGAUACCCAGUACAUGGGGUUGCGUCCCUGACCAUCUUGGUAAAUAGCCAUUGAUCGUUCCUCCUCUAGGAACUUACCUAAUUUUUUUUUGAAUCCAGGUAUGCUUUUGGUCUUCACAACAUCCGAUGGCAAAGAGUUCCACAGGUUGACUGUACAUUGUGUGAAGAAAUACUUUCUUUUGUAUGUCUUUAAUCUGCUGCCUAUUAAUUUCAUUGGGUGACCCCCUAGUCCUUGCGUUAUGUCAAGGGUUAAAUAACACUUCCCUAUUCACUUUCUCCAUACGUUCAUGAUUUUAUAGACUUCUAUUAUAACCCCCUCAGACAUCUCUUUUCUAAAAUGAACAGUUCCAGUCUUUUUAAUCUCUCCUUCU